UAUAAUUCGCUGCGGUCUCCUCUAUCAAGUUGAAGACUACAGAUAGGACGAAUAACGACGUUCAAGACGAGUAUUGUGGCAUAUUGAAGAAACGUGUAUUGGCUAACUAUAAUGUCAGACGAGAUUGAUGUCGAAUUCCCUCUUCCAGAUACUGGGGGUGCAAAAUCAAGCAUUCCUCCACGGCAGGAGGAACCUCGACCACAGCAGCAGCAACAACCACGAUAUAGUUACGAGCAAACGGACCAUGUGGUCAAGGAGACACCAACAUAUGAACAGAUGGAAGUAGAUCUCCAAGGUGAACGACUGUCGGAAGAGGAGAUAUCAGUAGAAAUGCCAGAAGAAAUGAUUGUCAAGCCACAUGUAAAGGCAGUAGCCGCACCCACACCCCAACGGCCUCUCUCACAGAUGCCAAUCGAGGUUGCAAGAAAAGAACGACCACCGGAAAAGACAAAAGAACCACCUUCGCAGAUAAAUAUGCUGCAGCCGACAAGUAUACGGAGAGAAGUGGAUUCAGAUGAAGUCGACGUUGAAAUUGAAGAACCAAUUGCUACGUCUCUCAAAAAGUGCGCCUGUUCUUCCUUGCCUGCAACAUUGCAAGACUCCGCAGAGUUUAGUCGAUCAUCAAUAUCCGUAUCUCAAAAUGCCAAUAGAGUGGCUGUGAAUUCGCUAACACCAAAGGCCACUCCCUCUGCAUCGACACCUCCUUCGCGGAUCAUAGAAGGCUACCCUACAAGAAAAUUACCCUCAUCCUCGGCUUAUCGACCACCUACUAUCACGACAAGUGCUUCAAAAGAAGAGUAUGACCGAGUUGCCGAGUCUCCAGCUCCUGUACAGCCAGUCGUAAGAACGAGGCCGUCUUCAUAUCCGGAUGAAGUCGAUGUGGAACUUUCGGAAUCGCUAUCCCCAUCAGGUUCAUUCAGAGAGUCUGCUGGCUCAAAGUCGCCCACCUCCCCUUCAGCAAAGACAGCACCUAAAGCUUCCGCCAAAAAAAUACCUUUCUCUAAAGCAAGAACGGCAUCGAAGCCUUCCACAAAACAAGCUUUGAAGGCCAAGACAAGGUCAAAAACAAAAAGUUCUUCCAAGCCGACAAAAGGGCCUUCCAAAAGAAACGCCAAGGGUGCCGUUCAUACUAAUUCAGCAACUUCAUCUGUACCCGCCCAUAAACAACAGGCGACAAGCGCAUCUGUACAAAAAAUAAAAAGGCCGAAGAUCCAAAAAAUCCAGCAUCAAAAAGUAGUUGAAAAACCUGCAAGCAGGAGUGAAUCUAAAGAACUUGUGUUAGAACCAGCUACAGAAUAAGACAUUGCCAAGGAAGGAAGAGAAGACUGUAGAUAGAACUUUGCCAAAAAAGGAAAAGAAGAAAAAGGAAGAUAGUAGCGAGGAUAGCGAUGACUCAGAUUAAUGACACUUUUCUAUUUGACUUUCAAUGUUAUUUCUACGCGCACUUCUUCGAUGCGAUUCUGCAUACAUCUCAACGCCU